AUGAGGAAGUCAGUAGUGACAGAAUCGGCGGAUCCGACAGUGGCGCCAGUGCAUAAAUUAAUCCCACCAGUCAUCCACUGGGAAUCAAGUGCUAUGAGACGAGGUACUGAUGAUUAUCACGAGCAUCUGUUGGUCGACGAUAGCGACAGUUCUUCACGCCAGCUUGACGAUGAUAUGUCGAAAAAUGGUUGGAGCCCAAAAUCGGCACUUGGUUCCGACUUCAAUCAUUGGCCUCAUGUUUUUAACCUGACAAAUUGUAUUGUCGGAUGCGGCAUAUUACUGGGUACAGUUUUGAUUGGUCUGUGUUCUUACCUUUCUAAGUUAACAUGUCACAUACUCUACAAAGGUGCGGUCAUGAAAAGAGCGCGCAGUUAUCCAGCAUUUGCUCGUGAAACUCUUGGGUCAGGUGGACAAAGGCUUGUUGAGGUCCUCAUGCUGCUUUACCUGAUGUCUUCUUGCAUUUCAUUCAUGGUUGUUAUUGGUGAUGUUGGACCACAAACUCUUGCAGAAUAUCUUCAACUUCAAGCUCCAACCCAGAGGCUUCGCGUGUUUGUUCUGUUAUUCAUCAUUUUGCCACUUUCUACUGUGCGGAAUGUUGAUAGCUUAUCGGUUGUAAGCUAUGUGACUGUCGUAUUCUAUUGCAUUUUUGUGAUGCGGAUGCUCUUUGAAUCAAUUCCUAGACUUUUCGACGGUAAAUGGGCUUUAGAUGUUUACUGGUGGCGUCAAGAGGGAAUUUUGACAAGCUUACCAAUCAUCGCUAUGGCUUUGUCAUGCCAAACACAGCUUUUUGAUAUUGCAGGUUGUGUCAAGGAUUCUGGCUCUAGAAAAGUUGAUACGAUUGUUUCCGGUGCCGUUAAUAUUUGCAGUGGUAUAUACGCUGCAGUGGGACUGUUUGGUUAUGUGGCGUUUCACGAUAUAUCAUUACAUGGCGAUAUUUUACUAUAUCUUCAAUCUACUAUUCUAACACAAAUUCUGAAGAUUGGAUUUAUGCUGUCUAUUGCUGUCAGUGUUCCGUUAAUGUUGUUCCCGUGCCGAAUUGAAUUUAUACUUGGCUUGACAGGUGCGCUAAUUGGAUCUACCGUUACAAUAAUAAUCCCUUCAUUCCUGUUUAUACAAGUCUGUGAUACAUCGAGAAGGAAUAAAUGGCUUUUACGAGGUGCGAAGUUGGCCGCGUUAGCUGGAAUGUUUAUGCUAGUAUGCAGCACGUGGGCAGUUCUUCACACUGAGCAGCAAGCUACUGUGGUAGAUGUUAUACAGCCAAAGCAAAUUGCCUCUGCCCCUGUAGAACCAGAGGAUUUGAUGAAGGCGGCAGAAAGUGCUGAGCUCCUCAAACUUGAAGCCACUGAGAAAUUAAAUGGUAGUUCAAAGAAAUUGGACCUGAAUGAUCCGGAGCUGUCGAUAAAAGAAAAAAAGGAAAUUGUUCUGGGGGAUGCGAAGAAGUUGUUAGCUGAAAUUAGAAAACAACAAAAGGAGCAAGGUAAAAUUUUAAAAGAGCAGCAGGCAUUGGUCGAGCAACUGAAUAAGCAUCAUGAGAUGCAUGAAAAUGCUGAGAAGGAAAAAAUCAAGAAAAGCGUUGCCGAUGGCGGCACUGAAGGAUUGGUCGCGCAGGGCAAUAAUGUGAAAAACGAAUUGGUCAAAAAUGUUGAAGCAGAAAAAGGCGUUGGCCAGAAGGAUGGCGUUAAGAACGACUUUGGAAAUACAGCGACGAUAGGGCGUAACAGUGAAGCGAAGAAAGCGAAGAAUUUGUCUAUAGUGGACGGAGAAAAAAAGACUGAUGUUAUUCUGGAGAAUCAAAACAACUUUCAGUACGCACCAAAAGUCGAAGCAAAGCGAGCUUUGCCAGGAAAUACGGUUCCUGAACCAGCGAAACCGAACCGUAAAGAGGAGCAAGAUUUAGUUAUUAAGGCUGUUGAUGAAAAACGUAGUAAAGUUCAGCCCUUUGGAAAGCUUGAAAGGAGGAAUGUAACAGUUGGAAUGCCGAAAGACGUAAAGCCAACUGUAUCUGAAGGGGUUUUACCACCUAAAAAGCUCCUCAACUCUUCUGUCAAGAUAGAAGCAUAG